CUUGAUUGACAGGGCGCGUAGAUGGAGGCAGACAAUAAGUACGGUGAAGCUGUUGAUGUUGGUCGGAAAAGGAGGGCGCCCAGGGCGCGUGGUUGUUGGUUGACGGUUGAACCGCAUCCGAGCGUGGCCACCACACUGCACAGCCGGGCGGGCUUGAUGUGCGAGGUAGCCUGGCUAUCGCACUGCACGGCCGGGCGGGCUUGUUUGAGACACAGGUGCCAGACACCCGGUUUGUAGGAAGAUUGUUUUCAUUUCUGGCGUUCGUAUUGAUUUGUCUUAUAUUUAUAGCUGUGGCGCUUCACGUUGCAGCAGCCCCGUUGCUUGCUUGACAGGGCGUGUAGGACGAGGCGGACCCUUCCUCGCGGUUGCAGUGUUGCGCGCCUUGUCUGUGUUUCAGCCUGACUGAGAAUGUGCGAUGUCUCCGCGCCGAGCAAAACGUAUCGUACAUUCACAGGGGAAGCGCGAUCAAGCAGUUCUUCUCUUGGAGAGAGUUUUUCAAUCCGCAUGAAGGCUCUGGGGAGCAGCCACCCUGACACCAUUGCCACCCAGAACGAGCUGGAGCAAAGGGCGAUAACAGGUGUGAUGGACCGAAUGGAGACGACAUCGACGCCUUUCCUGGGAUAGCGGUCACUGCUCAAGCGAACGACCAAAUUUGCAUAUUUUUUUUUGGGACAUGGCAUUUCUUGCUGAUGCCCUCGGCGAUGGACGUUAAGAAAAUGUCGGGAGUGCCCGGUGUUCAUGCGGGUCUACUAGGCAAUAGGCAAGGCAGUUUACACACAUCCGAUGUCCUUUCAUGAAACAGAUGGUGACCAGAUGCACUUUACGCCAACCUCUCAAUCCCAUUGUCGGCUCCUUGUGCUUAUUACGUGAGAGACCCGGACUGAGCGUUGUUUCACAGGUGUAGCAAUAGCAAUCUUGUUCUGUGUUUGAGGGAUGUUAAUUGAGCUUGACGGAGCAGCGGAGCAAUGUAACCGAAGCCGCGAAGCACUAAGAACCUUCGUCGUAGCUGGAGGCGCUAAUGUGCACAAUGACGUUCGCGUUGACGCUUUCGACCGUUGGUGCCCUGGUAGGACCGUGUUGCACGUCCACAACUUGUCAAACGAUGCCGCGAAAAACAUAGUAUGGUCGGGUAGUAGCUCCUGGAUACUGUUCAC